AUCUUCAAUUUGGGUAUAAAACCGUGGCCAGAUGAGCUGAACAAAAAGAUUGCGACGAAUAUUCGGCACAUUCGUAUGCCCCAAUUACCUGCUAUAAUGCCUGCACCCAUCAAAGCACUCGUUGGCACAAUAUGGGUAAAGAAUCCGGAGGAGCGACCGCAUUUCAAGGUGAUAUGCAAGAAGAUUCGUGAAAUGCAAAAGGGUGACCUGAAGCCGCCGGCAAUUACUGAAUGUUCUGUGAACCGCAUUGCAAAUGUGAAGCGUGCCCCGUAUACCAAGAUAGAAGUAAGUGAUACUGAAGAACCGGGUGCUGAUGUGGUAACAGAACACGUCAUGCCUCAGAUCCCAGAACAUCACUUAUGCCAAUUUUCGUUCGAAUUUGUUCAAAUUUAG